UGUGGAUUUGAAGUAGCAAUAUGGGUUUAAUAACAAAAGAUUAUCUGUUGAAGAGUGUCAUUUUGAUGAUUUCUGUAACUAACAUUGCUGGACAAUUUACUCAAAUCAAUUCCACAGAAUGCUUGGGUGGUUGGGAAGAAUGGUCAACGUUUGGUCCCUAUGAAGGUUGUAUUCCAACCUGUAGCGGUGUGGGAUCAAGGAUCCGUGAAAGAAAUUGUCCGGAUAGCGUCCUAGGUGCGCCGGAUUGUUUAUAUAGAGAAUCAGAAAGAGAAAGCGUGGAUUGUUCAGACACACCAGGAUGCCAGCCCAGUGUGAGUGGGGGAUUUAGUGCCUGGUCAUCCUGGAGUAAUAUAGGAGAAUGUUCAGCUUAUUGUGGUACUGGAACUGAGCAGGUACAAAGAACGAGGGCAUGUGACAACCCGCCAUCUUCUGGAGGUGGUGCAGAUUGUCAAGGCGAGAGAAUUCAGACUUCAGAUAGAUCCUGUAGCAAUUAUAAUUUCCAAUGCAAUUUUAUUUGUUCGAGAUUCAGCAAUAGAAUCUUAUCCUACCCUAGACGCCCUGGACAGUAUUUACAAUGUACGUAUGGAAAUGUUCUUUGGAGAGAUUGCCAGCCUGCCAGCGUCUACAGAUCAGACCUUCAGUCUAUCAACUCGCAAUUUUCCUGGUUUAAUUUUAAUUAUAAUAUGUGGAUUCAAAGAAAUAACUUGGGGACAUUACUUUCAGUUUGUUCCUAAAGUUUAUAGUAUCAUUAUAAUUUAUCAUAUAUUUAUAUUUAUUUGAAGAUAUGAUCAUUAAAAUUAUAUCCUAAUACAAAGUUUCUUUUUUAUGGACAUUUUAUUAUUAGUAAUAAAUAUGUUUGUUU